CUCAUGACGACAGAAAGCCAUUCUGGCAGCGCUUUCAGAUGAAGGUGCAGUGGAAACCUGAACAUGAAACUCAGAUACACAGAAAUUUCCACAUGAAAGCAUCUCAUCGGCUGUCAGAGAUGUUUAGGGAUGCCCGAAAUGCAGGACAGCGCCCUAACUGGCUGGGUGAGCACAUUUGGAACUCUUUACUGGCCCAUUGGAAUACAGUAGAGUUCCGCAAUAAGUGUGCCAAAGCCCAGCGGAACAGAGCGUCUGAAAGGGGUGGCACCCUGCAUACUGGUGGGUCGAUCACCAUUCAUGAGCAUGCCAUUCGUAUGGCACAGGCUCUAGGACGGGCGGUCCAUGUUGAUGAGGUCUUUGCACAGACUCAUGUUCGGAAGGGAACUAAUCAAUUUGUUGAUGAAAGAUCUCGGAAGACUCAUGAAGACUUUUCUACGAGACUUUCACAGGUUAGAUCUGAACAUGAGUCAGCUCCUACACCGGAUGCUACCAGUAAUGCAGAUGAUGACAUCCGUAGGACGCAGUGCUGGAUCGACACCGUUGGUGGGAAGAAAAAGGGACGAGUGUAUGGUGCGGGACAGCUUGCUGCAAACUAUACAGCAUCUAGAGGAGGUACUCUGAAGCACCAGCCUUCUUCUUCCACCAGUACUCCUGACGAGGUUCUUCAACUCAGGCAGGAACUCCAUCAACGUGACCAGGAGCUCACUGAUCUCAGAGCAGAGUUUACAAAUCUUAAGGCCCUGGUCAUGACUGUCUUGCCUUAA